UGAAGUUCCGGAAAGUUGCUGGGACCAUGGUAGACUACGACGACAGCACUCAGCUCAACAAAUGGCUCUUCCAGUCAACUGACGAACUCGAGCUUUGCCGAGCGCGGGCAAACAAUGAAGCGAGGACUUUUCUGACCAACUCGCCAGGGGAAGAACCGCUGUUGUUGUCGUCCGAGACAGCCGCAACUCCAACCGAGACUCAACCGCUACCGGUAAAGCACUUCGCGUAUGGUUUUCGCCAGGAUUUGCAAACAAAUCCUGUUGUCUCUGACUCAUAUCGAGAAGGGCCGUUGGAGAAUGAUGACGGGCACGCUUUCUUGACUCCUGUGGAAGAAGCCACGCUGGUGUCCUUCUACGCGUCGAAAUUACCCAGUCUGAUUGGCCCGAACGCUAGCGUUUCUCGCCUACGACGCGAAUCCAAAGUACCAGCUACUGCCGCACUCUUGUACCGCCGCUUUUUUCUGUCCAAUUCUGUGUUACUGUACGACCCCAAGGUCAUCAUGGUGGCAGCCGCAUUUCUGGGAAGCAAAGUGGAAGACGCAACGGCUGACGUCCGGUAUCUCGAGGAAGGUACCGCCCUCAUGAACGCUCCUGUAUCACAGGCCGAAAUAAUUCCAGCGGAACUGAAUCUGCUAUCAGGGACUUACUUUGACUUGCUUUGCUUUCAUCCCUACAAGACUGUUCUGGCCUUGACGGAAGAUUUGCGGACCUAUCUGAAGUCCGACAAGGGACAAGCGCUGGUAUCAUGGCCGCCGACCACGGCCGCUGACGACGACGACGUGAACGUCCCAGCUCCCCUUUUGAGCGGACAGGACUUGAAACCCAUGUACGAGGCUGCCCGGGCUUUGGUAGACGACUGUGUUGUAUCGGACAUCCCUCUACUGUACACACCAGGUCAAGUGGGUCUAGCAGCCCUCAUGGUUGCGCAGGCCGAGCUACUUGUUCGCAGUCGAGGCAACGGCGCCAGUAACCAGAAGUCACGAAUACCCCAAAUUGACCUGGAAGGCUACGUCCGGCAACGUUUUGAUACAGACGAAACACGCGAAAUUUCCAUGGACACUUUUUUGGCAACGUUGCGAACACUUCAAACACAGUUACAAGGCUUGCGAGAAGGCCAACUUGGAUGUUACAACAAUCCCAGCGUCAUUGAUAUGCAAGCUCUCAAGGCUAUACACAAAAAACUGAAAAAGGUUCGAGCCUGGGGAACGUCGGGCAGUGGGGGGAAAAGUGAAAAAAAGAAAAAGAAGCGCGGCUCGCCUGCAGGCGGCGGUACGGCCAACGCGGUCGAUAGUGGCGAACCGGAGCGGAAGAAAAUGAAAGCGUCCGGAGCCCAGUGA